UACUUUAAGACUGUAACUGUCAAUGUCAGUCACAAGGUUAAUGUUUUAAACUUUGCUGUUGUGAGGUUUAUUGGUGGUUUAUCUCUGAUUGAAUUCUUAAAUCACAACCAAAUAAUUAUAAUGGAGACCAAAAACGAUGAAAGCACGUCUUCGGAAAAAACUAUAUUUGAUGCUAUCGCUCAGGGAGACUUGACUGAAUUUUCAAAUAUUUUGACUCAACACAAAGGCGACGUAAAUUUCUUUGACGAAAAUGGUAUGACUGCUUUACAACACGCGGCCUAUAAAGGGAACAAGGAUAUGGUGCAAUUACUGCUCGAUAGGGGAGCGGACGUGAAUUCUGGAAAGCACGAGUAUAACUACACAGCGUUACACUUUGGUGCUCUGUCUGGUAGCUCCGAAGUAUGCAAACUGCUACUCGAUGCUGGGGCCAAACCUACAGCCACAAAUUCGGUGGGGCGCACCUCUGCGCAGAUGGCGGCAUUUGUCGGAAAUCAUCACACAGUUGCAACUAUCAACAACUACAUACCUCGUAGUGAAAUUGAAUAUUAUUCUAUCCCACAAGGACUCCAACAAGAACCUUAUCUACCUCCAAUCUUAGUAGAUCCAGUUCAUAAAUUUGUACUAGGAGUAAAUAUUCAUCCUGUAAGAUUAGCUUUGAAUUUGCAACAUGCUCCUGCUUUGUUAGAAAAUGCUGACAAAGCGAGCAAGACUUUAGAAAUGCUGAGCAAACGCGAGAUGACAAGAGGCAGUGAAACCAAUGAAGUGAUGGCUUUCAAGUACCAUUAUUUAUCAUAUAUCCUACGAGAAAUACACAACAUCAAAGAUAAACAGAAACCAUCAGAGAAGGAAGAAAAGAAGCAUGAUGUUGUUGAAAUAUUUGCUAAAAAACUCUUGAAGCCAGGUAAAGAUGGUGUUUCCCUUGACCUCAUGGAUUCCUUCCUUAAAGACUGUGUGAGGGAAUUCCCAUUCAGGGAGUGCACAACAUUCCAUCAAAUGGUCACAGCCUUGACAAGUAAAGAUCCACCGACAGCCUUGUCAGUUAUAAACUGUACCAUUAAUGGGCAGAGAGGGUUUUUGGAUGCCAUACCAUACUGCAGUUCUUGUGGUGAAGAGAAGCCCGCAAAGAAAUGUUCCAAGUGUAAAUCAGUACAAUAUUGUGAUAGGGAGUGUCAGAGAUUGCACUGGUUUGUGCACAAAAAAGCCUGCAACAGAGAGUCCAGUGCUCCGGCACCAACUGUUAAUUCCAAAAUAAAUAUUGACGCCAAUGAAUUGAGUUCGGAGCUUCAAAAUCUUAUAGCUGGCUGAAAUUGAGAUAGUUCAAUUCUAAUUCCUGCAUAAAUAUCUAUUUAAUGAAUAAAUGUUUAACAGUCUAUGUGUUGUGUUCCAAAAACGCUUUAAAUGUGUUUGGACAUUGAGUUGUUUAUGUUUUGUUACCAUACCACAUUUAACAUUAGAUCUUUGAUGUUUUCAUAAUCUUUUCAUUUCUAUGUAGUGUAAAUCAGUGUAUUUAUGUAAUAUUUUUAUGUAAAGUUUUUUUCUGGAACAUGUGAACAUUUCAUUAUCUGCUGACAGUUCACUGUUGGAAAUAGACCCUUCUCAACCCACACAACUAAGACCGAUUUUCGGUGAUUACCUAGUGAAUGGUAUUUUUUUAAUUCAGAGAUUACUUAUGCCCCUGUUUGUAAUAUUAUAUUCGAUUAAUAUUUUGAAUUAAAAUCAAACCGACAAUCCUUUUUUUUGUAGUUUAAAAUUUAGGGCGUAGUUUUUUUGUAGAGUAGAGUAGCACAAUGAAGAUUCAGCUACCUUAUUAAAUAAUCCGAAAUAACAUUAACUACUUUGUUGUUGAAAAGCGUAAAGUAAAUUAGGUGUUUAUUUUUUUUAAUUCUUCAAGGAGCAGUUAUAUUUCUUUGUAUUGCUUGAAAUAAAAUAAAAGUUUUAACUAAAA